GCAUUUAAUACUCUUACUAGUUCUUAUAGAGAUCUCUAUAAUUAUGCUAUUUUACAUAAUCAAUGGGCCACCUUAAAGAAAAUUGCUAAAUUUCUUGAACUAUUUAAGGAUUUUACGAUCAAAAUAUCAUCUGGCACAAAUA